UUUUUAUUGCACCUUAUGGAUGUUGCUCAGAGUAACAUAAGCCAAUCGGGCGCCUUUGUCCUUUUCACUCGCACUGUGUUCGCCGGCUCUUUCCCAUUCAAGAUGUCGGCGACGUCAAUGUUCCCCAUGUGUGUCCGGGCGAGUAGGGGCCUCCUCACUCUCAGGAACUGGAGCAGACGUGGUUCAACCCCUGCAGUGGUGGACUUGAUUCGGGCACUUUCUACGGAGAAGCCAACAGGAGAGGGCAGUGCUACAGGUGGACUCGCUCAAUCAAUCUUGCAAGAGAGGCUUAAGCAGCAACAGAAUAGUCAGGGCAAACCCCCUCCAGAAGGGGAUGGGGACUCGGAGCAGAAGCAGGACCAGGGAGAGGACAAGAAACAGAAGGAGAACACAGCCUAUGCCAAGAAGAUGGUGAUGCGGUUAGCAGGCCUGAUGGGGAUAGGGGGUGCGGUCGGCAUGGUGUACGUAUUCGGUAGCAAUUCAGUGGAUGAACAAGGAAACACGAUUCCAGAUGAGUUUGAUAACGACGCACCGGUUAUCCAGCAGUUGAGAAGGACGUUGAAGUAUUUCCAGGACUACAGACAGAUGAUCAUUGAGCCCACGAGCCCCAAGCUGCUUCCUGACCCCCUGAGGGAGCCCUACUACCAGCCUCCCUACACCCUGGUCCUGGAGCUCACAGACGUCCUGCUGCACCCCGAGUGGUCGCUGGCUACAGGCUGGCGCUUCAAGAAGAGGCCAGGCAUCGACUACCUGUUCCAGCAGCUAGCCCCUCUCUACGAGAUAGUCAUCUUCACUGCAGAAACAGGCAUGACGGCGUACCCUCUGAUUGACAGCAUCGACCCCCAGGGCUUUGUCAUGUACCGCCUCUUCAGGGACGCCACGCGUUACGUGGAGGGACAUCACGUCAAGGAUGUGUCGUGUCUCAACCGGGACACUUCCAAGGUGAUAGUGGUGGACUGUAAGAGGGAAGCCUUCAGCCUGCAGCCUUUCAACGGCAUGGCUCUGACGAAAUGGGACGGCAACUCAGAGGACCGAACACUCUACGACCUAGCUCAUUUUCUCAAGACCAUUGCUCUCAGUGGAGUGGAUGACGUCCGCUCUGUCCUGGAGAACUAUGCACUGGAAGAUGACCCCGUAGAGGCCUUCAAACGCAGACAAGCGCAGCUAGCACAGGAGGAGGAGCAGAGGUUGGCAGAGCUGACCAAGCAGAAGAAGCAGGGCAUGUCCUUGGGCUCCAUUGCCGGAAGGUUCUGGCGUUCCAAACAAGAGUGAGUGGCCCUCUCACUCGCACCCCCCAAUCGCAGCCCACCCCUCCACAGUGUCAGGCCAAAAGGAUGGCGGGCCACAGUCACUCGUGGGGUGGGCGGCGGGCGUCUCUGGACACGUGGGGGAGGAGACAAGGAGGAGAGACCAUUCAAUCAGCUGGACUUUUGACUGUCGCAAGCAUGUCUUUGGGUGGUGGGAGGGGGGGGGUGAGCAAGGCACCAAAAGAACAUUCUGGUACCUUUGUCGCCAGUGACGUCACUUCCUGGAUCUCAGAUGCUCUGGUGUAGGCCGUGUAGACCCCCCCCCCCCCCACCGAAUCGUCUGUGGGCACUGACGUAUACAAAAUGGUGCUGAGUGGCUAGACAUUGAUUGAACCAUUUCAGUCCACAUUGGUUCAUCUACUUCUACCCACCAGCCGGUCAUACAGGGAACAGACCAGAGAACAGUGCUCUUAUCUGCAACUUCCAUGCACUUGGAUUUGGUGCUUUGAACAACAGUGAAUUAUUGGUUUUGCUUUGUGCAUAUCUAAGACUGAGCUGGUCAGGGUAAAGGAUAUUAAUGUUGCACUCUGAGACUCUCCACCAAUGAGAAGUCAUGCCUUGGACAGGUACUGCCGAUGCCAUGGGACUGUGUGCAACAGAGGCUUGAGCUUGUGCUGUAGGAAUGAGUGGGAGAGGCAUUUUCAGCAAAUCAAGCCAAGGCAAGCCAUGUGAAAUUGGGCUGAUGCCAGACACUGAGUGAAAAUGGAUCGAAUAUAUGCUUGUUGAAUGUUCUAUUAGAUUCAGUUUGUGAUCCAUUCACAAAGUCCCAAAUUAAAGAAAAUAAAAAAAUCUAGCAUCUUGUGUGAUUUGGCACAAACGAACAUGUCAUGUGAACUACGUCAGUCAGGUGUUUUCAUGGCAAUGUGUUGAAUAUCCUCUAAAUACCCUGGAAUCUAUAAUGAACAAAAAUAUUAACGCAACAUGUAAAGUGUUGGUUUCAUGAGCUGAAAUAAAAGAUCCAAGAAAUGUUCCAUACGCUCAAAAAGCUUUUCUCUCAAAUGUUGUGCACAAAUUUGUUUACAUCCCUGUUAGUGAGCAUUUAUCCUUUGCCAAGAUAAUCCAUCCACCUGACAGGUCUGGUUAUAUCAAGAAGCUGAUUAAACGGCAUGAUCAUUACAUAGGUGCAUCUUGUGCUAUGGACAAUAAAAGGCCACUAAAAUGUGUUUUGUCACAAAACACAAUGCUGCAGAUGUCUCAAGUUUUGACGGAGUGUUAAAUUAUCAUGCUGACUGCAGGAAUAUCCAACAAAACUGUUGCCAGAUAAUUGAAUGUUCGUUUGACGAAGUGUAUUGUUUUAUUGUAUUAUCAAAACAUAUUUUCUGUAGCCUGUAAAAUAGCAUUGUGCUUAGUGUGGGCAAUUAAUAGAAAAUUCAAGAGGGAGAAAUUCGUUUGCAUAGAUCUUACAGAAACACAUGACUCUUUGAUGCCAAUUGGAAUAAACCUAGACGAUAAAGCCACCGUUUGAGAGUAAGGUGUGAAGGGAGCAGCAUGUGAUGGCUCAAUUCACAAAUACCUGCAAAUUGUGAGGUGUUGGGGAUUUCUGGUUUACCCCCCCCCCCAGACAGACGCACACGUGCCAAAAUACAAAUGGCCACAGGCUUUCUUGUGAAAAUUAAGUUAAUCUUUAUUUUAAUACCAUGGUUAUUUAGUUAUAUAUUUAACGAAUUAUUGAUUUAAUCUGCAUAUUUUAAUAGAAUAAUAUCUUAAUAAUUAGUAGAAUUAUCAGAAGUAGGCUACUGGGUUGGAAGAAAACGAAAUUCGAUUGAAUGUGUCACAUUUUAAAUUGAAUUACACUUUCCCAUGCGUUACAGUUCAAGUAAUAAAGAACUAGUAC